AUGGUGGGUUCAAAGAGUCGAUUGUCCGAAACAUCAAUUGGUGACAAUCUUGAUGAUGAAUUACACAUCAUGCCCAACACCGAUGGGGUAUUUGAGUUGGCCCCGAAGACGGACGUCAAACUGUAUACGAAAAUAUCGCUCAAAGAUAAUGUCAAUAAUAACAGUGGUGUCGGCGGCGGCGGCCGAGGAUCCGAUGUAGUUAUAUCGAAAAAUGAUGUAGUUCAAAAAAUGUUGGAACUCUUAAUUGAAAAUGACAUUAAGCCGGCCGAGCAGCUGAAGAAUCGCGACGACCUGUUCGAGCUGCUGGGAAGUGACAAAGAAUUAGAUAUUAUAUACCAAUUGUUUGCUUAUGCCUUGUCGAAUUUGUAUGCUGAUAAAUUCGAAGAGAACGACGGUGAUUUGAAAAUGAUCAACAUUUGUCUUUCUUUUAUACACAUUUACAAGAAAACCUGCAUCGAAAAUUACAAUAAAUUUAGAAACUGUCUACUCAGCAACAAUUUUAAAUCAUUUGCCAUCAAAAAGCCAAAGUUCCUGCAGAAGAAGACGCCCGUUCUCGAUGACACGGUAUCUAGAAUCUUUCACGAGUUAUAUUCCACGUUCGGCCACAUUCACAGCGAUCUGUGCAGGAAGGUGUCUUUCGUGUCGGCUGAAAAUAUCCGUUUGAAAUCAUUCGUCGAAAAAUCAGGCAAAUUCCAUAAGGUGGACAACGUGGAGGAGCUGUCGGACAGUGUAGAGUUUACGUUCGACAAGAAACUGUUGUUCAAUAUAUCCCUCACCAAUCAGGGCAAAACGUCAAUAGUUAAUAUAGCAGAAAAUGAAAAGGAGCUACUAAUAGAUGCUGUUAAGAAACAGGUCGUAUGCAAGGAUAGUUUAAAUAUUUCAAAUAUUGUCAAAAUGUGCUCCUACAAGGACCUGCAGGUGUUGCAUCCGUUCGAUAGAUUCAAAGUGAUGAAAUCCAUAGAAUCUUAUGAGGAUUCAUUUGUCGUGGUGUCCGGUUUCCAAAUGUCAACGCAUAUAAGCAUCGGUGAUUUUGGAUGUCAAAAUAUUAUUAAAAUUUAUCCAAAUAAAUUGAACAACAUCACGACAAUUUCUUUGAAAAAUGAAGAAUUGGCAUAG